CUUGGAAAAUGUUGCCCCAUUCUCAAGAUAUUGGUAUUUUAUAUUACAACUUCUAGAAGUGGAAACUAUUUUAUACAAUUUUUUAACUUUCAACAAAACAAAGAAAAAGAAAAAGAAAACUGGGCCUUCCACCUCCACCAUUUUUUUCAAUUGUUUAAACUUGUAAAUGAAAAUGUUCUUCCACCUACACAAUAGAAUACUACUAUAAGACCAAAUUUUUUUUUUUCAAUUGCUUUGAACUUCCGAAAGGUGUUUCCAUCAUUGCAAAUUAUUUGGUAUAUUAUAUUAUUUCGUGCUUUAAUUUAUCAUUGCACUACAUAAUGAAGUUUUAAUUAUGUGAAUAUUAAACAAAAUACAGGGACCCAUUGUCUUCCUUAUAUAUCAUAGGCGCCCCAUGGUGGUUGUGCAAUAUAUGCAGUUGUUGCAGUGUUCUCAAACCCACCAUGAGUAUUCUAACAACACUAGCAACAAGAGAUGAUCAGAUCAAUCUCUUCUUCCCUCUCAUCCUACUUUCCUUCCUAAUCUUUAUCAUCUUCAAGAAGCACAUUUCACCCAAAGCACCACCACUUCCACCAGGUCCUUAUGCAUGGCCUAUCAUAGGCAACAUCAUCCAAAUGGGAGACAAUGCCCAUGUCACACUCGCCAAGCUAGCCCAGCUCCACGGCCCACUCAUGUCACUACGUUUCGGUGCACAGCACAUCGUGGUCGGGUCCUCCCCUGAAGCCGCCAAAGGGAUUCUGAAAAUCAACGACCGCCUCCUUUCCGGUCGCUAUGUUUCUAAUCCACUCCGUGUGAAAGGCUCGAAAAUUCACAACUUAAAUCUCGGUUUCUACGACGAGUGUGACGGCGGUUGGAAGAGCCUGCGAGCCAUUUAUCGGACGGAGGUCUUUUCGGCCAAAGUAAUGGAAUCCCAAGAGGAAUUGAGAGAGAAGAAAGUGACGGAGAUGGUGGAAUAUUUGGGUUCAAAGGAAGGGCAAGUGGUGAAGGUUAAAGAGAUGGUGUUUGCUUGUGCUUUGAAUAUCUUGAGUAAUGCAUUUCUUUCCAUGGAUUUUAUGGACUUUGAGGGUAAGGGUGUGGGUGAAGGGAUGUAUCAAAAUAUAAGGAGCUAUUCUCAGAUGGGUGCUGUUCCACAGUUAUCAGAUUUCUUUCCCAUAUUGGGUGGUUGGGACUUUCAAAGCUUUUACAAGAAAUUGAUGACUAUUUAUGACAGAAUAUGUGGUGUUUGGGUUGAUACUGUCAAAGAAAGAAGGCAACGAAGAGAUGGUUCUUCAACUCGACGAGAUUUCACUGAUGCUUUAAUUGGAAUCGGGUUUAGCGACGAACAGAUCAAUCCGUUACUUGUGGAAUUAUUCGGUGCUGGUACAGAAUCUACAAGCGCAACAACAGAGUGGGCACUUACAGAACUUAUUCGAAAUCAAGAGGCCAUGGAAAAAGUUCGAAACGAACUUGCAGAAGUAAUUGGCUCGGGUACAGUAACAGAGUCCAAUUUGUGUCACUUACCCUACUUAGAAGCUUGUGUGAAGGAGACACUGAGAUUGCACCCUCCUGGACCAUUGCUACUACCACACCGCGCCACGCAAACGUGCGAGGUGAUGGGUUACACCAUUCCCAAGGAUAGUCAAGUGCUGGUAAACGUGUGGGCAAUUGCACGAGACCCUGCGAUUUGGGACGAUCCAUUGAGCUUCAAGCCGGAGCGAUUUCUCAAGUCCGGAUUGGAUUACAUGGGAAUCAAUUUCGAAUACUUACCAUUUGGUUCAGGAAGGAGAAUGUGUCCUGGACAACCUCUAGUUUCUAGGGUAGUUCCUCUCAUUCUUGCUUCAUUGGUCCAUCAUUUUGAUUGGAUUCUUCCGGGCAACGUGAAACCGUCUGAGAUUGACAUGAAUGACAACUUGGAUGUGACUAUGCUAAAGAAAGAACCAAUGCGUGUUAUUCCAAGGAUACGAAAGCAGUUGAAGACUGAUCAACACUUCUGAGUUGUUGAAGUUAUGUCAUUGUUUUUUUUUUUU